CUUUUCUGUUGUUUUCUCCCUUUCUUACCCGACAUUCCCCCGUCCCACUUUACUCCACGUGCACUACUAGACAACGCUCAAGAUCUGUACAGUAACAAUCCGACACCCCCGAAAGCAUCCGCCCCGUCAAGUGGUGACAGCGACGAUGUUCUCACCAGCUUGGGACUGAACCCCGACGCUCCCGACAACCGCAAUCGCCCAGCCUCCCGUCCGAAUCAAGAUCCCUAUGCCAAUCCCUACCCGGCUCUGCCGGUCAAUCCUGCACCGGCACCCUAUCGUCCACCGGCACCUGCUCCUGCACCCUAUCAUCCUCCGGCACCGGCUCCCGCUUCUCCAUCAGGUGGCAACAAUUACUACGGUGGUGGUUCUGGUGGUAACGGCGGAAACCGUCGUCCGGGACAGUUCGACGGCGCAGGCGGUAACAUUGUCGUCCCAACGCAGAAACCGGCUCCAUCCGGAGGAUUCUUUAGUGGUAUCCUGGGCGGUAUCCAGAACGCUGUGUCCAAUGCAGUAAAGCAACAGGUUGGAACCUAUAUCAAUCAGCGGCUGGGAAUCGGACCGGCAACUGGAGGUGCUGGCGGACUUUUCGACGCAAAUCGGUUUAUCGAUUCGAAGAACUUUGGUGGCCUAUUUAGCGAGCGGAAGCCAUCUGGUUCGUCAGGUCAAUCGUCCGGAACGGGCAGCUCCGCUACAGGGCCUUACCCGGUAACAGUCGAUCAGCGCACUUCGGCCUAUUCGGCCAACGCCCAACCAACCUAUAGAGGAAGCUCUUCGGAGACACAGUACCGCCGUCAGACUGCUGCUGGUACUCCUGCUCCGUAUGGCUGGAAGCUGGAUUGAGGGGGACGAAAUAUAAAAUGAAAUGAUAUUAUUCAAGUAAACUAACUACACUCCCAGAACAUCUCUCCUAUUUUGAGCAAACAUAACACGAACAAAUAUUCUUUUCAUUUAAAUUGCCUAUAAAUACCCAUAGUGAUAAUCCUAGUUUAUAUAAAUAUUCACCCACAGAUUUGUUAUUUUUGGUAUCUAAUAAAUUAACAUUGACAUA